AGCCAUUCCAUUUCCUCAACACACCACACACAGUUUACCAUGUUCUCCCCCGUAUCGAAUCCCAACUCCCUCCGCCUCCGACAACCGCCACCGCCGCCGCUACACUCUACUCCCGGCGCUCUACCGUCACCAACGUCACCCAACAUCCGUAAUUCACCUCGUACAUCACCUAUCUCCGCCACUGCUUACUCCACCGGUGACACUACAUGCUAUGCUCCCUCACCCACGGCGGUCAUGUCUCCACCGUCGUCGUUAUACGGAAUUCUUGGAAUCUCGAUGGAGGCUACCGGAAGUGAGAUCAAAACGGCGUACCGGAGGCUCGCCCGGACGUCACACCCGGAUGUGAAUGACUCAUCCGGGGAGGAGUUUAUGAAAAUCCACGCCGCGUAUUCCACCCUAUCGGAUCCCGAUAAGCGGGCGGAUUACGACCGGAGAAUUUUCCGGACGAGCCGAUCUCGAUCAUAUUCGAGUGUCAGCGGGUUUAACGGUUAUAGUGGCCGGAAGUGGGAGACAGAUCAGUGCUGGUGACCCUACUCUUUAGUCGUUUUAAAGAUAUGUGUAAAAUAUGAUAUGAUACGAUAUAAUAUAAUAUAAUAUAUAUUUAACAAUUAGGGUGUACUAGUUAUUUGAUCAAUCAAGUUAUCAUCAAGAUAUAAUAGAUUAGGAGAUAUCGUAUGUAGAAGGCUCAUGUAUUAAUACAACUUUAUCUUGUUUAAUCUUC